AUGAACUUAAAAUUGACAUUAGUUCUGCAAACCAUGAUUCUACUCAAACUGACAUUUGGACUAUCUGCAACAACAAUUAACUGUUCAUUUGAUAACAUCGAUAUCCCAUUAAGUCAUUUAAUUACCAUUCAAGGUUAUGGAUGUGACAUUCAAAGCUUAACAUUAGAAGAUUCUCAAAAUUCAGUCAAAUUCAGUGGAAUCCAUAACAAUAACAAAACUGACGAUGACGUCAAAAUCAUCAAGUAUCAAAUUUAUGCUGAAAAUCAGCUUCCACAAGUUGAUUCGUCAUUUUGUGAGAAGUUCUCAAAUAUUGAGACAAUUUACAUCAGUCAGCUUGAAAUUCUCUCAAUUGAUGAACAUUCUCUUCAAAAUUGCCAAAAAUUGAGCAAAUUGUAUUUUUACGAAAACAAAAUUCAAGCAGUUCCUGCAAAUUUGCUAAUAAAAAGUUCAAAAUUAACAGUUUUGAACCUCGAUUUUAAUUAUUUAACUGAACUACCGGACAACUUUUUGAAGAAUCAAAAAAGACUGGAGGAUUUAAACUUAACGAACAACCAGUUCAGCAGCUUUUCAAGCAACUUUUUUGAUUCAUUAACAAAUCUUCACUCUUUGGGCCUCGGAUCGAACAAAAUAUCAGCCAUUGACUCAAAAUGGUUUGAAAAAUUGGAAAACUUGGUGUUUUUAGGUCUAGAAAGAAAUGAGAUCACUGAAAUACCAAACAACAUAUUUUCAAAAACUCAAUACCUAGUCGAACUUAAUCUCAGCAACAACAAGAUUAAUACAUUGACUACUGACUCUUUUAAUGGUUUGAAAGGAUUAAAAUCCAUAAAUUUAGAUCACAAUGAAAUUGAAGAGCUGCCAAAAAAUCUUUUUAAAGACAACAAAAACCUCGAAGAACUAAGCAUCGGUCAUAACAAGCUCACGAUUGUUGACUCAACAUCAUUCGGACAUCCAAUAAAUUUGACGACUCUGCAUUGUUAUUUUAACAUGAUUGAAGGAUUUGAUGAGUCUCUUAUUGAUAAUACAGCUCUUUUUGACUUAGACAUGACUGAAAACUUUUGUGUUGAUGGAUGGAUGUUAAGUCGGAACAGAAUGAAGACAAAUUUGAAGCAAUGUUUUGAGAAUUUUCGUGUGUUGGUGCAUGAAUCGUCAGAUGAAGUCAUGACACCAACCACAACAGACCCAGCACAUACCACCAGUACAUACAAAUCUAUGACAACAACCACUGCAAAUGUUGAGGAACCCGACAAUAGCUUCGAUAUAAGAGGGAAUAUUGAGAACAGUGAAAUUUUGAAUGGACCUAAAUGUGGGAAACGGAAGACAGGAUUGCAAACAACAAUAAGAGGGAAUGCUAUUUCUAAAGGAGAUUAUCCAUGGUAA